GAGGGUGUCAAUCGGGCAUUUCAUUAAAAGUUUUCAAAUUAGGAACGUUAGAAUUCGAAAUUUAAACCUGUCAGUGAUAAAUUUCGUACGUUAGAGUUCGGAUAGUAUUCGAAAUUUAAAUGCGUUCGAAAUAGUGAAGUGUUCUAAAAUGAAGUUGUGGUGUGUGUUUUGUUUAUUUAUGGUUGGUUUGGAAAUUGGACUUGUUAAUGGCUUAAAAGCUUCGCAGAAGGGCGUUUGUGUGUCGAAACAUACUGUGACGAAGACGAGACCGAAGACGAUACUAGUGCCGACGGGAAAAUGGUGCGGCACCAGGAAAUGUACCGUCAAACAGACGCGCAAACAGAAAUACACCGUAGUAACCAACCAGCUAAUGUGCUGUAAAGGCUACGUCUACACCGGCGGCACCGACUCCUGCGCACCCGUCUGCAGCACGGGCUGCGCCAAUGGCACCUGCGCAGAUCCCGACGUAUGCCAAUGCGCAGCGCCUCGCUACCUCGACCCUAAUACUAGAAACAAAUGCCUACUACCCACAUGCGAUCAUGUCUGUGUAAAUGGGUUCUGCUCUGUGAAUAAUACUUGUGUGUGUAAUGAAAACUAUACUUCUUACAACGCAACGCAUUGCGCGGUAAACUGUGCAGAAGGGUUUGAGAUAGAAUCUUCUUUAAAUUGCGUUCGCAAGUGCGCAGCGCCUUUAUAUCGGUUUAAAGACAAAUGCCUAACGCCUAUUUGCGAUCAUCCAUGUGUGAAUGGAUUUUGCUCAGUGAAUAACACUUGUGUGUGUAAAGAUGGUUAUAUAGCGUUUAACGCAACGCAUUGUGCGGUCAACUGUACAGAGGGAGUGGACUCUUUAAAUUGUGCUUCUAAAUCUACAUUAGACAGUGUGUGUGCUCAUGGAUAUAAACUUAAUAAAGGUAAAUGUGAACCAGUGUGCGAACCGCCUUGUGUUAACGGACGGUGUGUAAAACCGAAUGUGUGUGCGUGUGACAAAACGCUUGUAAAGAAGAAUAGCAGAGUGUGCCAAGAAAAACAACAUGGUUGCGGAGAGUGCAGAGCUGAUGGGACUUGCUUGAUGACGACCAAUGAAUCGGGAAUAAGGUCAGAAGAGGCCGAUAUCAUCCGGCGGAUAAUAUUAUGUUCUGUUUAUUUACAGACAGUACCAGAGCUAGUAUGCUGCGAUUUGUACAAUUGGGACGAUGACACAGACACCUGCGUACCAGACUGCGAACACGGCUGCGUAAAUGGAACAUGUGUCGCUCCGAACCACUGCGUGUGCGCACCACCGAUGAUCCUGUACAACAGCACCACCCCUAACACCUGUUUACAUCCCGUCUGUGACCAACCAUGUAUUAACGGAAACUGUACAGCCAACAACCAAUGUACUUGCAAUAAAGGCUUCACACCAAUAGAUACACACACCUGUGUUCCCCACUGUACCAACUGCACUAACGGUGAUUGCGUCAGCCCAAAUGUCUGCAGUUGUCAUACAGGUUAUACUAUGAAAGCUGGUCAUUGUACGCCUCAGUGCAAAAGUGAUUGUAGAAAUGGAUACUGCUCGGAACCUGAUAAAUGCACUUGUAAUGAUGGAUACGAAUUAAAAGGUGAUAAGUGCGAGCCUGUUUGUGAGACAUCUUGCCAAAAUGGCGACUGUAUAGCACCGAACACUUGUGAAUGUAAACUGGGAUAUGAACCAAAGAAUGGAUAUAAAGAAAUAUGCGUACCUAAAUGCAGUAGCGAUUGUAAUAAUGGAUACUGCUCAGAACCUGGUAAAUGUGCUUGUAAUGAUGGAUACGAAUUAAAACGUGAUUUAUGUCAGCCUGUUUGUAAGAAACCUUGCCAAAAUGGCGACUGCAUAGCACCGAAUAAGUGUGAAUGUAAAGAAGGAUUUGAGCCUAAGAAUGGACAUAAAGAAAUAUGUAUACCUAAAUGCAGUAGCGAUUGUAAACAUGGGUAUUGCUCAGAACCUGGUAAAUGCACUUGUAAUGAUGGAUACGAAUUACAAAAUAAUACAUGUCAGCCUGUUUGUAAAAAGCCUUGCCAAAAUGGCGACUGUAUUGAACCCAACAAGUGUAAAUGCAAAGAAGGAUAUGAACCUAAAAAUGGACAUAAAGAAAUCUGUAUACCUAAGUGCAGUAGCGGUUGUAAACAUGGGUAUUGCUCAGAACCUGGUAAAUGCACUUGUAAUGAUGGAUACGAAUUACGGGGUACUCAAUGUCAGCCUGUUUGUAAAAAACCUUGCCAAAAUGGCAUCUGUACAGCACCGAACAUUUGUGAAUGUAAAAAAGGAUAUGAACCUAAGAAUGGUCGCAAAGAAAUAUGCAUACCUAAAUGUAGUAGCGAUUGUAGCCAUGGAUAUUGCUCAGAACCUGGUAAAUGCACUUGUAAUGAUGGGUACAAAUUAAACAACAAUAAAUGUGAGCCAGUUUGUAAAGAACCGUGCAAGAAUGGAAACUGUGUAGCGCCAGAUACAUGCAAAUGUUUGAAUGGAUUUGAGAAAGCCGGAGAUACUUGUUCGCCUAAAUGUGAUUUAUGUACUAAAGGAGUCUGCAAAGCUCCUAACAAAUGUGAAUGCAACAAAGGUUACAAUCAUACAGAUAAAGGUUGCGUCCCGAUAUGCGAGAAAAUUUGCGUUAAUGGCUAUUGUUCAGCUCCAAAUGAAUGCAUCUGCAAUACUGGUUUCACUCAAGAUACAUUAGAUUCUUCCAUCUGUUACGAAAAUUGCGGUCCUGAUAUGGAUUUGAUCAAUAGAACCUGUGUUGUAUCUCUUCCACCAAAUCCGGAAAUGUCAUCAGGAACCACUACUGGGCUGGCGAGUAUGCAGCUGACGUGGAUCGUUGGAGGAUCAGUACUCCUACUGCUGAUCGUGCUGGUGCUGGUGGUGAUAAGCCGCCUCUACGCUAGGAAAUUGCCACGGAAGACACCCGAAGAUGGACUCUACGGCAGCGUAGCGUACACCGUCCCGAACACUUUAUUCCGAAAAGACGAUCUGAUCGAGGAAGAGGAAACGAACGACACUCUCUUGGACAAAGAAACCAGUGCUGUUUAGUUAUUAAGUAAUGUUAAAUCA